AUGGGUACAACCACAGCGACUACAACACCAAAGAGGACGGGAUUAUCUCAAAGCAAUGCUAGCUCAUCAAGUAGCAAGAAGAAGCAAGCAUCAUUAAUGUCCUUCUUUAAGCCCAUGACAGCCAAAAACAAUGUCAAAGAAGAACCCAAUCUGUCGCCCAAAAAACCAAUGCAGCAAAACUGUGUAUCAUCGUCGUCCCCCUUGAAAUCAAAAACGACGAUCAAGCAGGAAUUAUCAAGCGAUAAGGAAAAUGACAAUACAUUGAUGCAUGAUGAAGACGAGUUUAGAGAUUUAUCAUUUUCAUCUAGCUUGACGUCACCUCCAGAUGUAAACCAAGAUAAGACUGAACAUAAGCAGUCCAAUAACAAUGCAAAGACUGGUCAGGGAGGUAGUACACCCUUGAAGGGGCAUAGAACAGCACUCAACUCCAGUCCCAUUAAUUCAACUCGCCAUAAAAAGAAGCAAAUCAAUUACGCAGAAUCAGACUCCGACGAUGAGGACACUGUCAUUCAGUCUUCUCGUAAGAAGAGAAAGGUUGUGCAAGAGGCAAGUGAUGAUGAAGAUGAAUUUCAACCGAUUAUGUCUGAUGGGGACGAUGAUGAUGACAUGAGUGAUUUUGUGGUUGAUGACGACGACGAAGGUGAUGAUGAUGAACCAGCUGUCCUGGAAGAUGAUGAGGAUGUCCCCAAGCCAAAGUCGAGUGUGUCCCGUAAACCAAAAUCUGCAUCCGUUGCGGCGUCCAUUCCGGAGGUUAAUACAUCAAACGAUACAACCACUUUAUCCAACAACGGUUUAACUGACAAGUUUGACGCGUCCUCAUCUUAUGAUGCUUCAGGAUACAAGACGAAACAAUUCCUGUCAAAGCCAUUGCCAACCACCAAAAAGAAUUUUGCCAAGGAAAAUGAGGAGAGAUAUCAGUGGCUUGUCAAUAUUAAAGAUGCUGAAAAGAGAACUCCUGAUGAUCCAAACUAUGACCCAAGAACACUAUACAUUCCACAGUCGGCAUGGUCCAAGUUUACUGCAUUUGAGAAACAAUACUGGGAAAUCAAGUCCAGAAUGUGGAACACUGUUGUUUUUUUCAAGAAGGGAAAAUUCUACGAAUUAUAUGAAAAUGAUGCUAUGAUUGCAAACACUCAGUUCGAUCUUAAAAUAGCUGGUGGUGGAAGAGCAAACAUGAAGUUAGCUGGUAUACCGGAAAUGUCAUUUGAGCACUGGGCAAAAGAGUUUAUCAGUCAUGGUUAUAAAGUCGCCAAAGUAGAUCAAAAGGAGUCCAUGUUGGCUAAAGAAAUGAGGGGCGGGGGAUCUAAAGAAGAAAAGAUAAUCAAGAGGGAGUUGACUGGGGUGUUGACUGGUGGUACCUUGACUAAUUUGGACAUGAUCACCGAUGACAUGUCAACGUAUUGUCUUAGUAUUAAGGAAGAAACGGGUGAGGAUGGAUCCAAGAUCUUUGGAGUUGCCUUUGUUGAUACUGCUACUGCCGAAUUGAAUUUGAUCGAAUUGCAAGAUGACGCCGAAUGCACCAAGCUCGAUACAUUAAUCACACAAGUCAAGCCAAAGGAAGUCAUUUGUGAAAAGGGAAACCUCUGUAACAUUGCCACCCAGAUUUUGAAAUUUUGCGCCCAUUCAAAUAACCAAAUUUGGAACAACUUGAAUCCUAUUACUGAGUUUUGGGACUACGAUAUUUCUGUCGACCACUUGGUCAAGUCAAGAUAUUAUGAUGCAGAGGAUUUGGACGAUUAUUCAAAAUACCCUCAAACGCUAGUUGAUUUCAAACAGAAUCACGUUGUAGCAUUCAAUGCAUUUGGUGGAUUGUUAUCCUACUUGAAAACUCUCAAGUUAGAUGAAAGUAUCAUGAGUUUGGGCAAUAUCAAGCAGUACAAGAUCUCUGAGAACGAAACGUCGCACAUGAUUCUUGAUGGGAUCACUUUGAGUAAUUUGGAAAUUCUCAACAACAAUUACGAUGGAGGUGAUCAAGGCACUUUAUUGAAAUUGGUGAAUCGUGCAACAACAUCGUUUGGUAAAAGACACUUGAAAAAAUGGGUCUUGCAUCCUUUGAUGAGAAUUGAUGAGAUUAACCUGAGGUACGAUUCGAUUGACUACUUGAUGGGCGACGGCUCUGAGUUGAGAUCAAUCUUACAAAACUGCUUAACCAUUUUGCCUGAUUUAGAACGUUUGAUUGCUCGUGUGCACGGAGGAACUCUUCGAUUUAGGGAUUUCCUUAAAGUUGUUGAAAGUUUUGAAAGCAUUGCUAGGUUUUCCAAACAGUUGCUGGAAUUAGCCCAUGUUGGUGAAUGUGGAGUAUUGUUUAAAUACUUGCACAGUUUCCCCCAGGACAUGGUUGAGCAUAUCGUUGAAUGGGAGGAUGCUUUUGAUAGACAACAAGCCUUGAAUGAUAUCAUUAUUCCAGCAAAGGGGGUUGAUGCUGAAUUUGACCAAUCACAAGCCAUCAUUGAUGAUUUAGAAAAUCAACUUAAUGAACUUUUGAAGGGAUACAAGAAGGAAUUUAAAUCGCACGAAAUUUUCUAUCGUGAUUCAGGAAAAGAAAUCUACCUUGUUGAACUUCCAGUAAAGUUGGUUAAACAUGUACCUUCAAGUUGGCAAACUAUGGGUGCAACGUCCAAAGUUAAGCGGUUUUGGUCACCCGAAGUUAAGCAAUUGGCAAGGAAAUUGAUGGAGCAAAGAGAGUUGCACAAGAUGGUGUGUGACACUUUAAAGAAUAGGAUGUAUGCAAAAUUUGAUACCCACUAUACUACCUGGAUGAAAGUGAUCAAUUGUAUGGCCAACAUUGAUUGCAUUCUUGCAUUGACGAAAGUUUCCGAGUCAAUUGGUUAUCCAUCAUGUCGUCCCGAGUUUGUAUCAAGUGACCAUGGUGUUCUUGAUUUUAAAGAGUUGAGGCACCCUUGCUUUAUCAGUACUAGGGAUUUCAUUCCCAAUGAUAUUCAGUUAGGUGGCGAUCAACCUAACUUCGGAUUAUUGACUGGUGCCAAUGCUGCAGGUAAGUCUACUAUAAUGAGGACUACUGCAUUGGCAGUGAUUUUGAGUCAAAUUGGGUGCUACAUACCUGCUCAGCAGGCAAGUUUAACUCCCGUCGAUAGGAUUAUGACGCGGUUGGGUGCAAACGAUAACAUCAUGCAAGGCAAAUCGACAUUCUUUGUUGAACUUUCGGAAACGAAAAAGAUUUUGAGCAACGCUACGCCUAAAUCUUUGGUGAUUUUAGAUGAAUUGGGUAGAGGCGGUUCAAGUAGUGAUGGAUUUGCCAUUGCUGAAGCCGUUUUGCACCAUUUGGCAACUCAUUUACAACCAGUAGGAUUCUUUGCCACCCAUUACAAUACUCUUGGUGUGUCAUUCAAGUCACAUCCACAGAUAAAACCCAUGAGGAUGGCAAUUAUUGUCGAUCAAGAGUCACGAGACAUCACAUUUUUGUAUAAAUUAGAGGAUGGAACGGCGCCAGGGUCGUUUGGAAUGAAUGUGGCGUUAAUGUGUGGGAUUUCGAGGGAGAUUGUUGAUAAUGCUGAGAUUGCCGCCAAGAAUUACGAACAAGUAUCGAGCUUAAAACGGACUUAUGAAGAGGCAGAUAAUAUCAAUAGUGAUGAAAUGAGUUUGGGUUUGCAAAGUGAUUGCGUGUGGUAUGGUACUGAUAGAAUUGGGUUGUUGAAACAAGAUAUACUAAAUUAUGAAACAUCAGUUCAAGAGAAGGCCCUUGGUAAUGUUUAUGAAAUGAUAGAUUCUUUAUAG